AUGGUUUGGCCUUUUAGUUCGACAAACCCUACAGCUGCGUCAUCGCCUGACUCAAAUUCAGAUGCGCAGUCAGCUUCAAUAUCUGAUUUAGCAGAAAUCGAUUCAUCAGUAUCUGACUUAGGUAGCACACUGGAUUCUAGCAGAAAUGGUACAAGUAUGGUCAAUUUAGAGAGAUCUCCGAUAUUUGCAUUAGAUCAGUUGAAGCAGGCUGGCGUACCACUUGAGAAGCAGCUGUCGCCUUACCUUCAAAUGGAUCCUGCUGUUUUCCGAGAAUCAACGCCACAAGUUGUAAUGGUAUUGCGUAUUUUCAUGUAUAUUAUUCCUGGUGAAUCGAAAGGAGAACUAGAAUUUGCAAUGGGGCGGAUUGGAUGGGCUGUUCUGAGUGGCUAUGCAUUGGGUAGUUUGCGCGGUAUCCUACCAGAAUUACGGAAUCCUAAUACUAGACAGCUGCCUUUUAAACCGUUUAUGACUCGUUUGAUGAAUUCCUCGGUAAAACAUGGUAGUGGUUUCGCUCAUCCAGCUGGUUCUAUUGUUUUUAUGUUCUCUGUUGCCAACAUUAUUUUUGGAAAACUGCGUGCGAAAGAUGAUCUUAAUGCUGUUGCGGCUGGCGCUGUAACUGGAGCACUUUUUCGAUGUGCAUGGGGCUUACACGCUUCAAUGGCUGGUGCGGGUAUUGGAGCAGUCGCAGCUUUUAUUUGGUUACUGAGUGAUCAAGAUAGCCGAAAUAGGUUAUGGGAAAUGCGAAAACAUUUAAUCGAAAAGCAGGAUUAUAGUUAUUGA